CUUAUCUAGUGGGUAAACCUCAGGAAGCUGACGUGAUCUCGGACCAACAAUGCAGAGCAAGGCAUCUCUGCUUUCGUCAGCGCGUGGGACCCGUGCUUUCACGAAUAGUACAGUGAGAUCACAUGGACUCAGACUGACCAGCAGGAGGGAGCGAUCGUCUUGUCUUCUCGUGAGAGCUGAAAAUGUCCUUAUCAUCAACACAAAGGGAGGAGGCCACGCUGAAAUCGGCCUGCACCUAGCCAAGCAGCUGUUAAGCGCAGGACAUUCAGUCACCAUUCUCAAUGACGGAGAGCAGGGGAAGCUGGAGAAGAAGACCCCCUUCAACCAGUAUAAAUCGCUAGAGAAGGCCACGGUUGUUUGGAGUAACCCCACUGACACAGCCACCUAUCCUUUAGAGAAAUUCGAUGUGAUAUAUGACAACAAUGGGAAGGAUUUGGACACCUGCAAGCCGGCCAUCGACCAUUUCAAGGGUAAUGUGGCGCACUACGUGUUUGUGGCUUCAGCUGGAGCCUACAAAACCAACAAGAUUGAGCCGGCUCUGGUUGAGGGCGAUGCACGGAAGGAGGCUGCCGGUCACGUGGCUGUAGAGAAUUACCUGGUUGAGCAGGAUCUGCCCUACACGAUCUUCCAGCCUCUGUACAUCUAUGGCCCCUACACUGGCAAGGACUACAUGCCUUUCUUCCUGGAUCGCCUGCUGCGCAACCGCCCAGUGCCCAUCCCGGCCCCAGGCAUCCAGCUCACCUCGCUGUCACACGUGGAGGAUGUGGCCUCCCUGCUUGCCAAGGUCCCUGGGAACGCGGCAGCCAUCGGGCAACAUUACAAUGUAGCGUCGGACAGGUACAUCACUUUUGAUGGCCUCGUGAAGGCGCUGGCCGACGCAGCUGGAGUUGAGGCCAACAUCGUGCACUACGACCCAAAGGCAGUGGCGCUGAAGAAGGGACAGGGGUUUCCCUUCCGGACUGAGCACUUCAUCGCAUCCGUCGACAAGGCAAAGAGGGAGCUGGGGUGGACGCCUACCCACAAAAUAUUGGAGGAUGUCCCUGGGCUGGUAGAGGCAUACAAGAGCUCUGGACUCCUGGAUGCUGAUGUGGACUUCAGCACAGACGACAAGAUCCUUGAAGCUGUGGGCCACAAAGUGCCCGCGGUUGCCUGAUCUUGUGGUGACUUGCGUGGGCAUGGUGUAGGUUGAAAAUCCAUACCAUGAAGCCUGCUCUAAGGUGUGCGUUCAGCAUGCUUGCUGCUGUAUCCUGGGGGACUCUGUGGGGGCUGAUAGCAAGGGUGGUGUGCUCUGGCAUCUCCAUCACGUACCUGUUGUGGCCUCAACAAUCCUCUGGUAAUAUGCUGGAUAG